AUGAGCCUCGAUCACCGCGCCCUGCAGAGUGCCACUGCCAUAGAGCGCGAUUACACGAAGAUUUUAGACGGCUCCCUCUCCCUGGAAAAGGAAAUAGAGAAGUAUUACCUGCGUGAGGAGGCCGCCAUUCGUGAGCGUGUCUUGCUGCUUGAUCAAAUUCAAAGCACCAUUGCGGACGAGCGGCGAUGCCUCGAGAUUGAUCACCAGCAGUGCCGCUCACAGAUCAGUACCGCGCGAAAGAACCACCUGACGCUGCAGUGUGACCAGACAAAAUUCUCGCAGGUGGUCGGCCGCACGGGGUCUGUCUUGGACAAGGAGGAGAAGAACCUGGAGGAGCGGCUCGCCUGGGUAAGUGAGCGCUUGCGUGAGGAGGCGCGGGAGCUGGAGCUCCUCGCGGAGCGGCGCGAGCGGCUCGAGAGGGAUGAGCGAGCGAUGGAGCGACGCGAGCUUCAGCAGUUUAACGCCGAGCAGAGCCUGGAGAAGGCGGUGCGGGAGCUAAAGACGCUCGAGAACGAAGUUGAACAACGAAAUCGGGUGCUAGCAAAAAAACAUGAAACCAUCUCCGAGUGGAAUCACUCACUGGAGAGCCGCGAGAGGGAGCUGGCGCGUUGCCAGGAGGAUUUUAGAGAAGACCUGAGGCGGCUGGAGGAGGACGAAAAGUUGUUCGGCGUGCAUAACAGCAGCAGUAGUGUGGUCCCCAUGGUGUCCCAGCGGGAGGUCAUGGAUGAUCAUAACAUGACAAUUGAGAAGGAGACUCAGUGUGAGGAGAUUGAUGUGGAGGAGGAGGAAUAUCAGUCGGACUGA